AUGAAAGAGGAGAUGGCAAGCGGCGUCGGCGAGCGCGUGGCGGCGUUGGAGGCGAAGCUGAAAGAACAGGGCGACGCCAUGGCUGCCAUGCAGCGCGACAUGGCCGACAUGCGCCGCGCCAUGGCGGCGGAGGUGGAGUCCACAAAGGGGCGCAUCAACGACCUGGAGGCGGAACUCGCGGCGCUCAAGGACGGCCGCGCGGAGAAAAGCCGCGCCGAGCGCGAGGAGAGCAGCGCGGGGAAGCGGCGAAAGAGGGAGGAGUCGCCCAGGCCGGGGAAGGAGGGGGAGAUGGAAAUCGCCGGGGACGGGGGGGAAGUCGCCGGGGAAGGGGGCAUGGCUGGUGCCGCUGGGGGCACCGAGCCUAAGCUUACUGGCGGAGGUAAUGCGGCCGAAGGAAAGGGGGAUGAGGUGGAAAUCGAGGACACGGCGGAAAGCGAGAGCGAGGAGGAGUGGGGGGCGAAUGGCGAGGAGGAUUUUGACGCGGAGAAUGAGCUGCAGGAGCUGUGCGACCGCGUGGUGGCGCUGGAGAAGCGAAUGGCGGUGGAGAAACUGAGGAAAGAGGCACUGCUGACGGUGUGGAUCAAAGUGUCUCCGGGCGAGUCUCGCAUGGAUAUCAUUGAUGACUACCUCACCGACGCUGCUCUCUCUCAACUCGCCUCCUUUCGCUCUCUCACGUCAAUCAACCUUUCUGAAUCCUCCGGCUUCACUGCAGAGGGGGUGACGCAGCUCUACUCCCUCACAAGUCUCACAUUUUUUAAUCUGGAGGUCACAAAUGCAACGGAUGCUUCUCUUGAAGGUAUUAGCAGCCUGAAGCAUCUUAACUCACUUUAUCUUGGUAAGACCAAGAUAACCGAUGCAGGAGUAGCGAAGCUGCGAUGGUUGACUGCACUUGUGACAUUGGCCUUAGAUGGCUGUGAGUCAAUCACCUCUGCAAGCAUGGUGCACGUGGGGAAGCUGACGUCACUGGAGACUCUCUGGCUGGUUGAUAGUGGAGUGAGGGAGGACGGGCUGAAGCAGCUGACGACUCUCACCUCCCUGAAACUCUUCAGCCUGCCUCCAGGAGUAACCGAUUCCAACAUGAAGCAUCUGAGGAACCUGACACGCCUGGAGAAGCUGGGGCUGUGGGAUGCCAAAAUCACUGCUAAGGGUGUCAACUGGCUGAAGGGGCUUAAUAGCCUCAAGGUGAUUGGGACGGAUGCUGAAGAAGUAGAAUGGCUGAUUAGGGACGGCCUUCCUGGAAUGAUUGUCACAGAUAGUGCAAUCCUGGAAUGA